UGACAUCUUUGACAUUUCAUAGCUUGAUGUCGUCUUGUGGUUGUGAAUGUGGCAAUUUUAGUUGAAUUCUUUUAGUUAAUUACGAAACAACAAUGCCUAAGAAGAAGACUGGGCAGCGCAAGAAGGCGGAGAAGCAGAAGCUGCGGCAGAAGGAGAUCCGCAACGCGCGCGGGGUGGUGGACCUGGCGCAGCACCCCUGCAACCUGCCCAUGGAGUGCGACAAGUGCCAGAAGAAGCAGAAGAGCCGCGCGUUCUGCUACUUCUGCGGCGCGGUGCAACGGCUGCCGGCGUGCGCGGCGUGCGGCAAGGUGAAGUGCAUGCUGAAGGCGGGCGACUGCGUGGUGCGCCACGCCGGCGUCUACACCACCGGGCUGGGCAUGGUGGGCGCCAUCUGCGACUACUGCGAGGCCUGGGUGUGCCACGGCCGCAAGUGCCUCACCUCGCACGCCUGCACCUGCCCGCUCAUGGACGCCGUCUGCCUCGAGUGCGAGAGAGGAGUGUGGGAGCACGGCGGGCGCGUGUUCCGCUGCUGCUUCUGCCAGGGCUUCCUGUGCGAGGACGACCAGUUCGAGCACCAGGCCUCCUGCCAGGUGCUGGAGUCCGAGACUUACAAGUGUCAAUCGUGCAACCGGCUGGGACAGUACUCGUGCCUGCGCUGCAAGACGUGCUUCUGCGAGGAGCACGUGCGACGCAAGCUGGCGCGGCCCGCGCCCGACCGCCGCGCCGCGCCGCCCUGCCCCCGCUGCGGCCACCCCACCCACGUCACCGCCGACCUCAGCGUGUCCACGCGCACGCACCGCUACGGGCGCCAGGGCGUGGUGCAGCCCGACGAGGACGGCGACGCGGGCUCCUACUCAGGAGACUACGACGCGGCGGAGGGCGGAUACUCAUACUCGUACUCGGAUUCGGAGGAGGACGACUCGGACGAGUCGGGGGAGAGCGGCUCCGAAGACGACAGCGACGACUCGGACGCCGCCGGCGCUGCGUCGUCCAACGCCGCCUAGCGCCCGCGCGCUGCCACGAGCGACACUCAAACGUCACGACCGACUUUCUUUACACGUCUUUCUGAUCGUAGUAGACCCUAAAGUACUAAACUGUUGAGAGCUUUCUACGCUGCUUAGCUCCACUCUGAUCGAGCCCCGUUGGCUAAGCCCGCUUGCGAACGGUAAGUUUCGGGUGUGGUCGCGGACGGGACGCUCUUUACAGGUCGCCGUGUCGUCGCCGGCCGAUGUGGCUCAAAGUUGCAAUUAUUUACUUCUCAAGUAAUUUGUAUAUACGGUUUUACCUAUUAUUUACACCAAUAUCUAUUUUGUAUUGUAAUGGUAAUAAAAUAAACUAAAAUAAAAAU